AUGAGCGGAUUCGAAGGAGAUUUAAACCCGUCGCAACAGGCUGCUCUAGAUGAAUUUCGUGAAAACGUUAAAGGAAAGAUUCCUACGGAACGAGUUUCAAAUGAUCAUUAUUUGUUGAGAUGGCUACGAGCUCGCGAUUUUAACGUAUCAAAGGCCGAAGAAAUGAUUUGUAAAUCUAUGAUCUAUCGUAAAGAAAUGAAGUUGGAUACAAUCAUGGAUGACUUCAAUGUGCCAGAAGUAAUACAAACUUAUCAAGCUGCAAAUAUUAUUGGAUUUACUAAAACUGGAGCGCCACUGAUGGUCAUGCGUAACGGUAUAAUUGAUCGUAAAGGUAUUUACCUCUCCGUCCGUAGGCAAGAAAUGACGAAAUACUGCUUACGAUUGGUUGAAAAAUGUAAUAGUUUGAUGGAAGAAAAAUCAAAGGAGACUGGCCGUAAUGUUAAAGGAAUGGUAUUCAUACAAGACUUUGAAGGAUUUGGCUUAAAAAAUAUGCAUAGACCAUCUAUAACAUUUUUCGCUCAGAUGACUAAAAUAUAUGAUGAAAAUUAUCCAGAAUUAAUGGACGCUGUAUAUAUUGUAAAUGCUCCUAAGAUCUUUUAUGUGAUUUAUGCGGCAAUAAAACCUUUCUUAAAUGAAAGAACUCGACAAAAAGUUCAUAUUUUCGCUGGGAAUUAUGAGAGUAAGUUGGUUGAAGCCGUGGGUAGCAAGUAUUUACCAAAAUUUCUUGGCGGUGAACUCGUGGACGAAAAUGGUGAUCCAUACUGUUCAGCACUUAUAGGUAAAGGUGGCGAUGUGCCGAAAUCUUAUUAUUUGGCAAAUACGGACUGUGAUCAAUCAUUAGAUAAGUAUUCAACAGUUCAUGUUGGAGCUAGGGACACUCUUUCCAUGGACUUUGACAUUGAUACUCCUGGAACAGAAAUCUGUUGGGAAUUUAAAACUGACAAUCACAACAUUGCCUUUGGUAUUUACAAGAGUAUAUCUUCUAAUAACGGCAACACUGAAAAACUUGACGUUGUUACUUUACUACGCCGUGAUAGUCACUUGUACACGGAAAUUGGUAGCUACUGUUGUGAAGAUCCUGGUCAAUAUACGGUAGUGUUUGAUAACACCUUCAGCUGGAUCAACAGUAAAACUUUGCGUUAUCUUAUCGAAAUCAAGCCCCCUGGUAGCGAGAAUUUCUGA